UUAAAAGGAGCACUAAACCAAUAAUUAAGCGGGGGACUCCACCAGAGAAGAGAAGGGAAGGGAAGGGAAGGGAACGGAGCCCCUUUGCCUUCGGUAGGCCGUCGACCGGCGAGACUGGGGGGACUGGGAAAGUGGUAGAGUGGAGAUUCACAGGCAGAGCGGCCGUUGAGUGUGCUGUGCGUCCUUCUGCGUGCAAGAUCGAGAGGCGAUCCAGGGAUCCAUGGUCGAUCUGGAAUUCACUUUUAUUUUAACCAACAUAAAAUGAAUUGAAAUGCGGAGGUCCUUGCAUUUAUUGUUUUAAGUACUUGAAUUCAAUGAAUCUUGCAUCUAAAGAAACAAGUGCCACGGCUGGUGCCAUGGACAAGUUACCAGAUGAGAUGAAAGAAAUGAAAAUAAGGGAUGAUAAGUUGGUUGGAUUACUGCAGGAAUCUGAAGCAACUGUGGUUGAUGGGAAUGUGACUGAAGCAGGUCAUAUAAUUGUGACGACGAUCGGAGGAAGAAACGGUGAGCCAAAACAGACAAUAAGCUAUAUGGCUGAACGUGUUGUGGGACGUGGAUCAUUUGGUGUAGUUUUCCAGGCCAAAUGCCUAGAGACUGGAGAAACAGUUGCCAUUAAGAAGGUCCUACAAGACAAAAGAUACAAGAACCGAGAAUUGCAGACUAUGCGCAUUGUUGACCACCCAAAUGUCAUCUCUAUGAAGCAUUGUUUUUUCUCAGCUACUGAGAAAGAUGACCUUUACUUGAACCUAGUACUGGAGUAUGUUCCAGAGACAAUUCAUCGAGUUAUCAAACACUACAACAAGAUGAACCAACGAAUGCCACUAAUAUAUGUAAAGCUGUAUAUGUACCAGAUCUGUAGAGCAUUGGCCUAUCUUCAUGGGAGCAUUGGAGUGUGCCAUAGAGACAUCAAGCCCCAGAAUCUUUUGGUGAACCCUCAUUCUCAUCAAUUGAAAAUAUGUGAUUUUGGCAGCGCAAAAGUCUUGGUAAAAGGGGAAUCAAAUAUUUCCUACAUUUGUUCUCGAUACUAUAGAGCUCCCGAACUUAUCUUCGGUGCCACCGAGUAUACUACAGCAAUAGACAUUUGGUCUGCUGGUUGCGUUCUUGCUGAACUCAUGCUAGGACAGCCUCUCUUUCCAGGAGAAAGUGGAGUCGAUCAGCUUGUUGAGAUUAUAAAGGUCCUUGGUACUCCCACACGAGAAGAAAUCAAAUGCAUGAACCCUAACUACACUGAACACAAAUUCCCACAGAUAAAGGCCCAUCCAUGGCAUAAGAUAUUCCAUAAGCAAAUGCCACCUGAAUCUGUAGAUCUUGUCUCCAGGCUUUUACAGUACUCUCCAAACUUGAGAUGCACUGCAUUAGAAGCACUAAUUCAUCCAUUCUUUAACGAGUUGCGAGAUCCGAAUACUCGCUUACCCAAUGGCCGUUUUUUACCUCCACUCUUUAAUUUCAAGCCUCACGAGUUGAAGGGAGCACCAAUGGAGAUGGUAGCCAAAUUGGUCCCCGAGCAUGCAAGAAAGCAAUGUCCCUUUCUGGGAUUAUAAGCUGCUUGAGAAAAGCUAGCUGCCUUUGCGAAUUCUAUCUUUGCCUGCGGCGCAUAUGAAAUCUUCGCAUCUGCUGAAACGAAGCAGAUCCCACCUAACCCUGGUUUCUUCACAUGAUAACAUCUAACACUGGUAUGUCAAAUGUUGGUUUUGUUUAGUGUUUGGUUGAGCUACGGACCAAAUUGUAAGGACUUCAGUACGACUAUUAGUUUAUAUUUGUUCUUGAAAUGCUGUGGGAAAGCUUUUCUUUUUU